AAAUGAGGAAGCGCCGCGGCCCGGCGGCUGAGGCCACCCCAGCGGCAGAAGAGCGAGGAAGAGCUGGCGGCCCCCGCUGCGCCCCGGCUGAGCCCCGGCUGCGCCCAAGCGCCCGCCCUCGCCUCACCUGGCGCAGGUGGACACCUGCGCAGGUGUGCGCCCUCUGGCCCCUGAAGCAUGGCCAGCAGCAGCAUGGCUGACAGUGCCAACCACCUGCCCUUCUUCUUCGGCAACAUCACCCGGGAGGAGGCAGAAGAUUACCUGGUCCAGGGGGGCAUGAGUGACGGGCUCUAUUUGCUGCGCCAGAGCCGCAACUACCUGGGCGGAUUUGCCCUGUCCGUGGCCCACGGGAGGAAGGCACAUCACUACACCAUCGAGCGGGAGCUGAAUGGUACCUAUGCCAUCGCCGGUGGCAGGACCCACGCCAGCCCCGCCGACCUCUGCCACUACCACUCCCAGGAGUCCGAUGGCCUGGUCUGCCUCCUCAAGAAGCCCUUCAACCGGCCCCAAGGGGUGCAGCCCAAGACUGGGCCCUUUGAGGACCUGAAGGAAAACCUCAUCAGGGAAUAUGUGAAGCAGACGUGGAACCUGCAGGGUCAGGCUCUGGAGCAGGCCAUCAUCAGUCAGAAGCCUCAGCUGGAGAAGCUGAUCGCCACCACAGCCCAUGAAAAAAUGCCUUGGUUCCAUGGAAGAAUCACUCGGGAAGAAUCUGAGCAAGUUGUCUUGAUAGGAUCAAAGACAAACGGAAAGUUCCUGAUCAGAGCCAGAGACAACAACGGCUCCUACGCCCUGUGCCUGCUGCACGAAGGGAAGGUGCUGCACUAUCGCAUUGACAAAGACAAGACGGGGAAGCUCUCCAUCCCAGAGGGGAAAAAGUUCGACACACUGUGGCAGCUGGUCGAGCAUUAUUCUUAUAAAGCAGAUGGUUUGUUAAGAGUUCUUACAGUCCCAUGUCAAAAAAUCGGCUCACAGGCAGGAAAUAAUGUUAAUUUUGGAGGUCGUCCACAGCUUCCAGGUUCCCAUCCUGCGACUUGGUCAGCGGGUGGAAUAAUCUCAAGAAUCAAAUCAUACUCCUUCCCAAAGCCUGGCCACAGAAAGCCCUCCCCUGCCCAAGGGAACCGGCCAGAGAGUACCGUGUCAUUCAAUCCGUAUGAGCCCGAAGUUGGGCCCUGGACUGCAGAAAAAGGCCCCCAGAGAGAAGCACUGCCCAUGGACACAGAGGUGUACGAGAGCCCCUACGCAGACCCUGAGGAGAUCAGGCCCAAGGAGGUUUACCUGGACCGAAGUCUGCUAACGCUGGAAGACAAAGAACUGGGCUCUGGUAAUUUUGGAACUGUGAAAAAAGGCUACUACCAAAUGAAAAAAGUUGUGAAAACGGUGGCUGUGAAAAUACUGAAAAAUGAGGCCAAUGACCCUGCUCUUAAAGAUGAGUUAUUAGCAGAAGCAAAUGUCAUGCAGCAGCUGGACAACCCGUACAUCGUGCGCAUGAUCGGGAUAUGCGAGGCCGAGUCCUGGAUGUUGGUCAUGGAGAUGGCGGAACUCGGUCCCCUCAAUAAGUAUUUGCAGCAGAACAGACAUGUCAAGGAUAAGAACAUCAUAGAACUGGUUCAUCAGGUUUCUAUGGGCAUGAAGUAUUUGGAGGAGUGCAAUUUUGUGCACAGAGAUCUGGCUGCAAGAAAUGUGUUGCUGGUUACUCAGCAUUAUGCCAAGAUCAGUGAUUUUGGACUUUCCAAAGCACUGCGUGCUGAUGAAAGCUACUACAAGGCCCAGACCCAUGGGAAGUGGCCGGUCAAGUGGUACGCUCCGGAGUGUAUCAACUACUACAAGUUCUCCAGCAAAAGCGACGUCUGGAGCUUUGGAGUGCUGAUGUGGGAAGCAUUUUCCUAUGGGCAGAAGCCGUAUCGCGGAAUGAAAGGAAGUGAAGUCACCGCUAUGUUAGAGAAAGGAGAGCGGAUGGGAUGCCCUGCAGGGUGUCCAAGAGAGAUGUACGAUCUCAUGAACCUGUGCUGGACAUACGAUGUGGAGAACAGGCCCGGAUUCACAGCGGUGGAACUGCGGCUGCGCAAUUACUACUAUGACGUGGUGAACUAACCACUCCCGUACCUGUUGGUGGCUGCCUUUGAUCACAGGAGCAAUCACAGGAAAAUGUACCCAGAGGAAUUGAUUGUCGGCCACCUCCUUCUGCCAGUCAGGAGAGCCAGCCUUGGAUGGAACAUGCCCGUGACUUGUCACCCAAAGCCUGUCCCAGGACUCAUACUCCGCAAAGCAAAGGCCAUCCCAGGAGAAAAGGCAGAUGUCAGGGUCAAAGGGGCUAGGUAGAUUUGUUCGGUUUUUUUGUCUGCGUGAUUUUCAUACAGGUUAUUUUUACAAUCUGUUUCCAAAUCCCUUUCAUGUCUUUCCCCUUCUCUGGAUCCUGGGGUAUAUUUGUUACUCAGCAGGUCCAGGGGCAUUGCAGGGUGGCCAAGAGCAUUCUCACCCCAAGCAGCCUUUUCCAGAUGCUCAAGGACACCUGAGCAUGUGACUCCUGAAGGGAAGGUAAAGGCAGAGGAAUUUGGCUGCUUCUACAGCGUGGCUCUGACAGCCCAUGAGACUGAUCCUUGGCCACUGAAAAGCUUUCCUAACAAUAAAAGUGUUUUGAGGCUUUAAAAAGAAAAUCAGGUUUGACCUGUGCAGUUCCUAAGCAUGUAGCCAGUUCGGGAAAGGAAAAAAAAAAAAAGCCUGGAUACUGCUUUUGUCGUCUCUGUUAUGAAAUGGAAGACAUAUGUUUGUGAUAACAGGGGACCAUUUGAAGGGAUUGGCUUGGUUUACUUUCCCCCCUGAAAUCCUGUCUGCUGCAGACUGUCUUGAAGACCUGGUGACUGGUAAAUAAGGCUCUGCAUGGAGGCUGCAUAGCAGGAGCAAGAGGUCUGUCCCCCAGCAUCUCACUGAGGAGGCAGGAGGCCUGUUCCCUGGCGUCUAGGGACAGUGUUAAUUCAUAGAAAGAGUUAAUUCAUAACAAGCCAAAGACGCUGAGCCUCACCACAAAUAGGUCUUUUGGAAUGUGAGUUUGGGUUGAAGAUACAAGACUAGAGAAUUCUUUUCUGGUCUUAACUAAUCCUUGACUUAAUGUUUGAUCUUAUACCAGUCAUCACCCAUUGAUAUCAGUUUUGCUGUAGCUCUUGAAAGCUAAAGAGACAUCCCAGUACUUUGGGAGGCCAAGGCGGCGGGAUCACUUGAGGUCAGGAGUUCAAGACCAGCCUGGCCAAUAUGGUGAAACCCCAUUUCUACUAAAAAUACAACAAUUAGCUGGGCCUGGUUUCGCGCACCUGUAGUCCCAGCUACUCAGGAGGCUGAGGCAGGAGAAUCACUUGAACCCGGGAAACGGAGGUUGCAGUGAGCCUAGACCAUACCAUUGCACUCUAGCCUGAGCAUCACAGGAAGACUCUGUCUCAAAAAAAAAAAAAGUUAAAGAGAUAAUUUAGCCAUUAUUCUUAUGUAAGCAGAUAGAAAUAAACUUGGACCCAUCUGGCCUUCAGCUAUACCUGAAGCAUUUUAAAGUGCAUGGUCAGCCACGGACAGCAGGGGAGACUCUCCUCUAACAGGGGAUGCAAGGCAUGGGGAAAGACAGCCAGUUCCCACGCUCAGCCACAGGAGACAGGAGUCACUCAUAGAAUUUGUAGUUAGAAGGUUUUAGAAGCCACACAUACUUUUUGAAUCACACUAUCUGGUGGUUUAAUCAUAUUUUUAAAGACAGAAGCCCUGAGUGCUAAGAGUGCUGAGCAGUUUCUCAAAACACAUUUAGAAUCGCUGAAAUUAGAAAGACAAAAUAUCUGUCUGCCAGGCCACAAACCGGUGUAGAAUUAGGAAAGGAGAGGCUGGAUGUGCCAGGUUUGGUAAAGCGGUGACGGCGUCUGAGAAAGAGGCUGAGGCUGAACUCUUGGUGGCUUCCUUCUGUAACUUCCCGAGGGUGUCUUUAACACAGGCCCCGUGCUCAUAGGAUACAGUAGUACCUAUGUAGGAAGUGUGUGGGGUUUUCUGUCUUCUUUCUGUGUGGUUUUUGGCCUCUUUUUCAGUACUUCUCCCCUCCCAGGAGGCUGGUGUUGCCAAGUAUCCAGAAUGUGAUGAGGCGAGAAGCGGGCAGGGGCCUCACCUCCUUGCAGAGGUCCAGCCGGCUCUCCUUGUCCUUGAACAACCUCCUGAGUGCUCCGCUUGGUGGAGCAGGCUCCUGCGUGCAGAAUUCCCGCUGUGGCCAACAUGAGGAAGUCUUUUCUAGUGAAAACUGAGUCCUGUGGUCAGGGAUAAUUAUCCUUUCCCCUGCAGCCACAAAGGAGGGCAAACAGAGAAAGGCAACGUAAUUGAAGAAGGAUUGGUCAUGUGAAAAGGGCUACAUUUGGGAAGCUGGGAAGGGUCUCCAGGCUUCUAGAGCAGCUAGCUUGGGCUGGAUUCUCACACCCAGGAUGCCCCUCGGAUUAUUCUAACCGAGCUUUUCCCUGGGGCCUGGGCUCACUGCAUAAGGUAAGGUGCCUUUUACCCGAUGGUCCUUCUUUAGCAGGGAACAAAGGAGCAUCAUGAACAGACAGACUGCCCUAGCACCAUCACGUUGGCAGCUGAGGCCAUGAAUAUCCUGUCCCCCAGCAGGGCCGUGUGUGUGUCUAUGACAGAAAACAGUGUGUUCAGUGCUGAAAAUCAUUGCAUGCGUGUCUUCAUCUGAGCAUGUCCUCCUCCCAUACUGCCUAUCACCCAGCCCUGCCUGUGGCUGCUAGAUGGUGACUUCCCUUGGUCGUCUGCAAGUCGGCCUGGAUUUUCAUUUGCAGAGGGGGCAGCUGCAUUGUCAGGCCUCCCAGCCCUGCAAAGAGCUCCCUCCACUGGUUAUCAGCGUGUCCUGUUUUCCAUUCAUUUCAGAAGAGCUACAUUGUGUCACCGGACACUUUUAAAAAUUGUGAUUUUUAAUAAAAAUUUAAAAUUA